AUGGCCGAGGCUAUAGGGCUAGCAUCAAGCGUGAUCGCCAUCACCGAUGUGGCGUUCAAAGCAGGCAGCGCCUACCUGAAGAUCAUAAGGCUCCUGGGUGAAAUGAAACAAGUUCCGACAGAGCUACGAUUGAAAGCCGACAGAGUCAGAUUCAUUGAAGAAUUCCUAUUUUAUGCAGAGGACAACCUCUCGAAAAACCCAUUGCCAAGCAGUGCUUGGAGCCCUACACUCCUUCAAGAGCAGCUCAGUAAAUGUCACGCGAUAUUGAGCGACGUAAGGGAAAUGGUUGAUCGCACGAUGGCCCAGGUCGCCCAACCAACAUCUAUUCGGCGGAAGAUUGCGUUAACAAAAGCAAUCAUUCAUAAAGAUGACUUGAAAGCCUUGAAUUUGAAGCUCGACGAAGCGCUGCAGCUGUAUCAGCUGGCACAAGAGCAAUACGUCCUGGCCAUGAUGACAUACUCAUUGGUUCCAAAAGCUCAGAAUACAGCUAAGAACAACGAGCUGCUGGACACCACCAACACAAUCCAAACCCAGAAAUCUAAUUCUACGAACCUCUCCCGAAAGACACAUAGUGUAUCUUACGAACCAAGUAUUUUCGGACGGUUUCAUUUCUCCUUCCCGGCCAAUCGAGGCAUCCAUGUCGUUGUCCAAGCGCCAAGCUGGAUCACGAGUACGGUGUACUCCGUUUUGGCCCAAAAAGCAAUGGUUGGCUGGCAAAUGAAUCUCAGGGCUGAUGAGAUGGUCGAAUAUUUUGACUCGGAGCUCGUCGAACUCAUUGAAGAUGACAAUUCGCAGGCAAUGUUUAAUUACCUGGAUGAGCGCACAAUGUCCCCUUUUGUGCGUAAUUGGAAAGGAGAAACUCUACUCUAUGGACCCCUUCUCAUUAAAUUGCUAGGGGAAAACGGUCUAGAUGACCAUCUCGACGGUCCCGACAGCUUGUUUGAGGCUGCGGUUUGUGGUAUCCCCUUCAUGAGCUUUCGAGCCUUGAUGGAAAGGUGUGGUUUCGCAUACCAGAGCCUACCGAGUGAAGACAAGCUUGCUCACGCUCGCGCUGUUGCCACCUGCGUUGUUACAGGCAGGUCGCAAGCGUGGGCCAUAGAGGAGAUUCUCUUUCUGGUGAGUGAAGGCAAAGCUCCGGGGCUGGACCUGCUUGAGAAAUCCAAGUCCUACAAAGAAGACUCAUUGAUACAUACAUUGGCUGCCGGGCUAGUUCAUUGUGUGGCUGAGAGGUGGGAUACUUCUGAAGAUCGGCGUUGGAGGCGUGUCCUGGGUGCCUGCUUUGAGCUUGAUCCUUCAGGAGUGCAACAUCUCGACAAAUUUUGGUUUGUUCUUGACUGUGGUAAUGAUAGUGUUGACGCCACGCCAUUAUCAGGAAUGCUUUGCAACUGGGUUUGCAACGGAAUCCACAAAAAGACAAAGGACCGAGCACCAGCCGUCGCUACUGUGAACGCCCUCCACUUAGCUUUUCGGCUGUGGAUCGACACGCUUGCGUCGGCAGGAAAAGAUCUUUUGAAAUACGGAACAGGCGAAAAGGAACUACACGCUCAGGGAAAUACUUUUAUGUUUCAGAGGUUUGCAGGGGGUACGCACAGUCGUAAGCGGAGUAUGAUGCGGUUCUCAAUUCUGGGCAUCACAUAUGGCCCUCUACCACAACAUUGGCGUCUCUGGAUUACCAAUGAAAACUACGACUAUGCUGGAGAAUUUUGGAGUAUGAUUGAGAGUCAAAACAUAAGAGUUCCUGGAAGCUGGGUGGAGGAUAUUUGGGAUCCGCUAGAGAUGAGAAGGCUCCAUAACGAGGUAGCUGCAUGGAGACAGGAAGAAGCGCCGCCAUUCAUCUGGUCUGAGUAUCGGAAACCACGACAGCCUAUCUGA